AAAUCGAAAAUUUGGGGAAUUAUUUCCCACCAAAAGAAGCCGCCCCUUGGGUUUUUGCACAUUCAAAUUCCCACCUUCCUUAUUAAAUUUAUUAUAAUCCUCAACACCAAACGCUAGCCACGCAUUUUCAUUCAAUCUCUACAGUCCCCUCUCCUCUCCUCUCCAGAUUCAAAGCUCCUCAGAAAAGGUGAAAGAUGGCUGGGAAAGGAGGAAAAGGGCUUCUGGCAACGAAAACAACUGCAGCGGCUAACAAGGACAAAGAUAAGGACAAGGACAAGAAGAGGCCCGUCUCUCGCUCUUCUCGUGCUGGCAUUCAGUUUCCUGUGGGACGUAUCCACCGGCAUCUAAAGCAAAGGAUCUCAGCUCACGGGCGAGUUGGGGCCACCGCUGCUGUCUACUUGGCUUCAAUCCUUGAAUAUCUGACGGCAGAGGUUCUUGAGCUUGCUGGAAAUGCUAGCAAGGAUCUGAAAGUGAAAAGAAUCACACCAAGGCAUCUUCAGCUGGCCAUUAGAGGAGAUGAGGAGCUGGAUACCCUCAUCAAGGGAACCAUUGCUGGUGGUGGUGUCAUCCCUCACAUUCACAAGUCUCUCAUCAACAAAACCACCAAAGAAUAAAGUUUUUGGCAUCUGAUCUCAAGUUGCUUUCAGCUGGACAAUCAUGUGUUAAUUUGGUGACUGUAUCUGGGUUUAGGUUAAGGUUAAGUUAGACUUGUUUGGUAUUAAUGUUGUGCUUGCGUUUGUGUAGGACAUCUUGGUUAAGUACAUAUCGUUUGACUUCUAGGUUUGUCCUCUAGAACUAGUUCCUUCGUUUAGAAUAGGAAUGUUGUUUGUUGGAUCCGUACCUUAAAUUUCUUAGCAUCCUCUUGACUGCUUCUAAA